AUGGGUGGACAUAAAUACAAAAAAGCCUUACAUGCUUUAGCAAUUUUGUGUCUAGCUAAUGGUGUCACAUCACAAACUCAACAAUCAAGCUGGAAUGAUUGGCAAGAAGAUAUACAGACACCUAUACAUAACAUGAGACCACAAGGUGAUGGCAAAGGCGGCAACACGCGUCAUAUUACACUUGAUAUUACAGAUCAACUUGAGGCAUUAGACGGUGGUAAAGAACGUUUAGUUUAUGCUAUCAACGGUAGACCAUUCAAUGGAGGAGAACCAAUUUUCCUUGAAGAGGGUGAAGAGGUUGAAAUUGAGCUCAACAAUUUUAGUGAUCAAUUAAACACAAGUACGACAUUACAUGCUCAUGGAAUUGAACAAAUAGGGAGUCAAUUCAACGAUGGUGUGCCAGGUGUAUCACAAAAUGUCAUCAAACCGGGAGAGAGUUUUAUUUAUAGAUGGAGAGCAGAAGAACAUUACGGAUUGUAUUGGUUACACAGUCAUUUUGCGGGCGUAUACCAAGAUGGACAAGCCGUUCCAUUAUAUAUUCGUCCAAAAGAGGACCGUAAGAAUCCAUUUGAUGUCAUUGCAGAUGAUGAGGAUGAAGUAAAAGCACUCAAACGACACGAUCAAGAUCCACAGAUUAUAAUGAUUUCUGAUUACAUGGAGAUUAACAAUUGGGAGAUGAAAGAGAAGAUGGAAGAAUGGCAAAGUGAGCUUCUUUGUAUCAAUACACCAUUACUUAACGGAAGAGGUAGAGUUAAUUGCGCAACUAGUGAAAAUCUUCAAAAAUGGACAGAAAGUAACACAACAACUGACAAAGGAUGCGUUGAUAGAAGUCUUAGACCAGGUAGCGAGAAUAUUACAUUUGAUGAAGAACUUUGGUACACUUGCACACCAACUGAUGUUGAAGUACCUACGUAUGAAUUUGACUACGAAACUGGUUGGGGUAUUAUACACUUUGUUAAUGCAGCUAGCCAUUGGCAGUAUAUGAUAUCAAUCGAUGAGCAUGAGCUGAACUUCUUUGCAGCUGAUGGAUCGUAUGUUAAGCCCGUUAAAGGUGAUGCAUUCACAAUUGGUAUUGGUGAGAGAAUCGGUGUAGCUUUCCGUCUACACACACCUGGUGAAUAUGUUUUACGUGUAUCUGCACAUGAUGAACCACAAGUUGUCGGUCAAUUUGGUAUUAUUAGAUAUGGCCUUGAUGAUGAUGAUGAUUCUGUUGAAUAUAGCGACCCGGAUAGUGAAGAUGACCCUGGAAUGCCAUCAAUACCUCUCAGUGAACCUUGGAUCAACUAUGCAGGUCAACCAGUAUCAGAUGAUGUUAGAGUAAUGAACAAUUCUGUUACGGCUUUAAAGCAAUUUGCUCCAGCUGAAAUACCAAAGCGUGGCGAAGCUGCUGAUAUCACCCUGCAUUUCACACUUAGCAAUUCCAACUUCCUCAAAUGGUCAUUUUCAGAAGAAGGGAAGGUAGAAUACUAUAAUAGCAGCAAAGAAUAUCAAGAACCACCAAUUCUUUAUGAUAUGGAGAGUUACAUGGACGAUUCUUCAAUCUCGACAUUCCCUAGCGGUAGCGUAGUCGACAUAAUCAUUACAAAUGAAGAAAGAUACAACAUAACAGGAGUAGCACAUCCCUUACAUAAACAUUUCGAACACUACCAUGUCUUAGCUGCCGGUGUGGGCAACUUUACAUACCAAGACGUUAUCGAGGCAGAAGACGCGGGUAUAGAGGUUAACUGGUUAGAUCCAAGUUAUCGUGAUACCGUUAUGAUUCCAGCAAGCCCAGCUGAAUCAGCAAGCUACCUCGUUCUUCGCUAUGUUAGCGUUCAACCAACAGCAUCAUUAAUUCAUUGUCACAUUCAAUCACACAGUAUGAGUGGUAUGGCAUAUGUCCUCAUAGCCAGCGACGAAGGUGGCACACCAGAUCUUCCAGAUUAUUAUAGCAUUAAAGCAUUCAAUACAGACUUAACGGAUGCAGCAAACACAGUUAAACAGGGAGUUAACUAAUUAAAUCAGCUGUACAAAUUAAGUUGAAGCAAGAGUUGUAUUAAAAUUUUACUAAACUAAUAUUAAAGAUAAUGGUAU